AUGCCGCAGGGCGAAACAUUCUAUCGCGCUUGCUCGCUAGUGCUUUUUAUAUCACAGUUGUAUGCGCUACUGCCUGUUUGCAAUGUGCGCUCCGCAGAUAUAAAUCAAAUCAAAUUUAAAUGGUUAAGUGUGCGUGUUUUUUACUCUGCGCUUAUAAUGUUGCUUAAUUUUGGCGAAUUUAUUGCCGUCUUGUAUUAUAUAUCACACACGGGCAUUAAUUUUCACAACUCUAGCACUAUAGCGCUUUAUAUAGUUUGUCUGCUCGAGCAUGUCUUCUUCUGGAGAUUGGCCUACAAUUGGCAGAGUAUAAUGAGCCAUUGGUAUCAUGUGGAGCAGCUGUUUCUAAGCGUGCCCUAUCGAUUCUGCGAUGAGUAUAGGAUGAAAAGACGCAUUAACAUUGUGGUGGCCACAGUUAUGUUGUCGGCCUUGGUGGAACACUUUUUACUGCUCUCCAACUCCCUUCACCUGAGCAACUUGGAGCGCACGCAGUGCCAUAUCAAUGUGAGCUAUCUAGAAAGUGUUUACAAAUGGGAGCGACCACAUCUGCAUUAUAUACUUCCCUACAGUAUUUGGUUUAUGCCGCUGCUGGAGUGGAUUAAUGAAACCAUUGCCUAUCCACGCGCCUUUACCGACUGCUUCAUUAUGUGCAUUGGCAUUGGCUUGGCCGCUCGCUUUCAUCAACUGCAUGGACGCAUUGCUGCAGUGCAUCAUAAGCUUAUGCCUGCUGUAUUUUGGACCGAGGUGCGUGAACAUUAUUUGGCCUUAAAGCGUUUGGUGCGUGUGCUAGAUAAUGCCAUAGCACCGCUUAUACUUUUGGCUUUUGGCAACAAUAUGUCGUUCAUUUGCUUUCAACUGUUUAAUAGUUUCAAAAACAUAGGCGUGGACCUCAUAGUUAUGCUAGCCUUUUGGUAUUCGCUUAUAUUUGCUGUGCUGCGCACUUCUUUAACCAUUUUUGUGACCUCUUCUAUGAAUGAUUAUGAGCUCAAGAUUAUAAGUUUAUUGCGAGAUGUGCCGGCCAAGGCUUGGACUACAGAAGUGCAGCGCUUUAGUGAACAGCUGGGAAAUGAUAUAACUGCACUGUCAGGCAGCGGUUUCUUUUUUAUUACGCGUCAACUUGUGCUCGCUAUGGGCACCACCAUAAUCACAUAUGAGCUGAUGAUAUCUGAUGUCAUUAACCAGGCCACUAUCAGGCAAAGAACUGUCUACUGCUAAAGUAUGUCCACUUGUCAAAAGUACACACAGAAUAAAUUUACUAUCAUACGCCCUGUUGUACACACACUGAUUGCCAUCGCUUUUGAGCUAAACAAAUUGAAAGCAGCAUGCACAUUUGCCCA